AUGGAUACAAGAUCAAGAUUUUCGUGGCUUGUCUUGUUUAUUUCCAUUCCUAUUGUUCGGCUGAAAGGUGAUGAAAUGGGAAACGGCACAGCGCAUUCUCAAAGCGUUAGUACAACUUCUUUGGCUCUUCCUAAGCUUCUUCAAGGAAAUGAAGAUAUAGAAGCUGGCAGAAACAAAACUUCAACUGAAGUUGUGAUCAACAGCAAGAAUAGACAUAAUGGCCCAUAUUAUAGAGGAGGAGGGGGUGGACGCGGAGGUGGCGGUGGCGGUGGCGGUGGCAGUGGGGGAGGCAGUACUUAUAGAUGGGGAUGGGGAGGAGGUGGGGGUGGAGGAGGAGGGUGGUGGCAUGAGGCAUGGGGGGGAUGGGGAGGAGGAGGUGGUUGGUAUAAAUGGGGAUGUGGAAAAAACUAA